AUGAUUACUAUGGUAGUUAGUGAUGCUGAUGUUCAUGAAAAUGAAAAUAUUGAAUUAACAUACUGGCUUUACUAUAUGAUGGCCUUUCUCAAUGUUCAACAGUACAAGCAACAAGAACAAGAGGCUGUUUCAACAACAACAUCAACACUCGUUGGUAUGAAUGUAAUGGGCCAAUUGAUUGACAAAGCUAAACGUGCUAUUGUCAUGAGAACAGUUAGUAAUGAAAAACCGCAACAAGAACAAAUACAACAAGAAAAAAUUCAUUAUCAAUCAUCACAAUCAAAUGUAACAAAGUCAAUAUUACCCAUUCGUAUACAAGAACUUGAGGCUAAAAUUGAACCUCGUCCAACAAUCAUUGAUGAAAAAAGUCCAGCUGUUUUAAAAUAUCGAACACCACAUUUUCGAGCAACAGCUACAGUUAAAUUUCCUCCGUUAGAUGAAGGUGAACAUUGGAAAAUUGGCUGGAUUCAAUCGUGUAAACGUAUGGAUUUUUUUAAUUCAUAUGGUGAUUGUGGUUAUUCAAGUUGGGAAUUUCCUCAAUUAAUGUCUGGUCAAAAUCCAAUGAUAUCCGAUUCUGAUGGACGUAAUUAUCCAUUUUAUGGUUCAAAAUCUGAAGUUAUUGAAAUUCAAGGACCAUGUACAGAUUAUACAACACUUAAAGUUAUUAUGAACGAUAAUUUUUAUCCUCAUAUAACAUGGGAUAUUCCAACAAGUAAUGAACGUUUAGCACGAUUAACAAAUGUAAAACGUCAUCAAAGUUUUUAUACAUGGCUUGUUGCAAUGAAUGCUCGAAAUGGCUCAAUACUUGUACUUAAAACAUUAAGUUGGCAAAUGGAUCUUGAAAUAAAUGUUGAUCCAACAAAAGCUCCAGGUUCACGUGCAACACUUGUAUCUGAUCCAAUACCAAUUCAACCUGAAAUCCUUAAACAAAAUAUUCGUAUACCGACUUGUGUCCUUUAUCCACCUAAUGCUAACAGUGCUCAAAUACUUGUUUGGCAUCCAGGUUGUCGUCUUGGUGAAACAAGUAAACGACCUGAAAUAGUUGUACCGCCAAGAUGUAUGCUUGUCUUAUUACAAAAUCCAUUCUAUGCUAAUCAUAUACGACAUAAAACACAUACAUCUAUUCAAAAUAAACUUAAUAGUGGAAGUUCAUCAUCAUCUUCACCGUCUCCCUCAUCUUCACCUUCAUCAUCAUCAUCUUCAUCAGAGAGUAGGAUGAAUGUAUCACAAUCCUUAACAAUAAAACCUUAUUCUCGUCUUAUAUUUCCACAAGCUGCUGGUCCAUCAUUAGCAUCAUCAUGUACUAUAACGCCUGGUAAUCGUUGUUAUAAUGGUAUGAAACAUAUUCUAAAUAAUCAUGCAAAAUUUGCUCAGGGCGUUAUGGUUCGCUAG